GAUAAGGCACACACACUUUGUUCAGGCCGAAGAAGUGCACAUCAUGGGGAUUGUCUGCCGCAAGUGACAGUCGGCGCUUUCAUGUAACUUCUGAAGAAAUUCGAACCAUAUUUCCAGCUUAUGUUUCCAGUUAGUUAACGACACAGCGUGUUUUUCUUUAUUGGUAUCAAUAUAUCCCGAGAGGCGCGGCAUACCGCUGUCACGUUAGCUUGUAGGUGAAGUUAUUUCUAGGGCAGAAGACUUCACGAGUGGAGGAAACGACGCAAGAUGUACCAUGAAGAAACCGCAGCUCUACAAAAGCCACGCUAUGGAACCAUCCAGGACGACGAGAGGCUGUCGGCGGAGGAGAUGGAUGAGAGGAGACGACAGAACAUCGCCUACGAGUACCUGUGUCACCUGGAGGAGGCCAAACGGUGGAUGGAGGCCUGCCUGGAGGAGGACUUGCCCCCUACCACAGAGCUGGAGGAGAGGCUGAGGAACGGGGUCUACCUCGGCAAACUUGCCAACUUUUUCGCCCCAAAGAUGGUGUCUGUGAAAAGGAUCUACGACAGAGAUCAGGCCCGCUAUAAGAGCAACGGGCUCCACUUCAGGCACACGGACAACACCGUGCAGUGGCUCAGAGCCAUGGAGUCAGUGGGUCUCCCAAAGAUAUUCUAUCCUGAAACGACAGAUGUGUAUGAUCGUAAAAACAUGCCAAAGGUGGUGUACUGCAUACACGCACUCAGCUUGUACCUGUACAAACUUGGCAUUGCACCACAGAUCCAGGACCUGCUGGGGAAAGUGGCCUUUACAGAGGAAGAGAUUAGUAACAUGAGGAGUGAGCUGGAGAAGUAUGGCAUUCAAAUGCCAGCUUUCAGUAAGAUUGGAGGAAUCCUGGCCAAUGAGCUCUCAGUGGACGAAGCUGCCUUGCACGCUGCUGUGAUCGCCAUCAACGAUGCGGUCGACAGAGGUCAGACGUCUGUGACGAUGGGAGCUCUUAAUAAUCCUAACGCCAUGCUGAAGAACAUCCAGGAAGCUCUGGCUCAAGAAUACCAGGACGCUCUGAGCCAGGCCAAGGCUCGGAAGCAGGAUCAGUCCUCAGGGAGGCGCUCCUCCAUUGCUACUGAAGAAAGAGAUGUUUAUGAGGAGUUGCUGACUCACCAGGAAAUCCAGGGCUCCAUUGAUUUUGUCAACAUGCAGGCAGCGGUGAGGCAGGUGAAUGAAGCCGUGUCGGCCCAGGACGAGGCCUCUCUGCUGGCUGCUCUCAGGCUGGACGCUCUGGCCCUGCUGGGGGUUCAGGAGUCAAACUGCAGCUGGUACCUGGAGCACUUCACCACCUACUGCCAACAUAAAUCUAAGGAUGAAGGGAAGUCUGUGGUGGUGGACAGAGAGGAGAUUCAGAGAGUCGUCACCUCUUGUAAUGACUUUGCUGAGGCAGAGAAACGAAAACUCGAGGCGGUUGCAGUGAUCAACACAGCCAUUCGUCUGGGCAAUGCAGCGGAGACAGCGGAGGAGCUGACGAACCCUGAAGCACAGCUGCCCAUCGUCUACCAAACUGCUGCCAACCUCUACCAGGCUGAGCUGUUCAGUUUGCAGCUGCAAGGCGCGCGGUCUGGCCUGAGCCACGAGGAGCUGAGUGUGGCUGUGGAGAUGCUGUCGGCGGUAGCGGUGCUGAAUGAGGUGCUGGACACCAAAGACCCUCAGGCUGUGAUCGAGCAACUAUCAGACUCCCCUCUGGGCUUCACCAACAUGGACCAGGACAACCUCAACAGGUAUGCAGACACUCUUAUCCAACUGCGAGGCGAGGCUCUUGCCAAAGGCCAAGAGUUUCUCACCUGGAAUGAUGUUCAGAAAUGCAUCGACACUGUCAACGUUCAGGUCCAUGAGGAGCAUGAGCGUGUCAUAGCUAUAGCUGAGAUCAAUGAAGCUCUUAACUCCGGUGAUCAUCAGCAGACGCUUCCAGCCCUGCUCCUCCCUACAGCCAAGUUAACAGGAGUGAAUCCAGCCACAGCCAAACACUACCAUGAUGUCCUACAACAUACCAAACAACUCCUCUGCCAGGCCUCACCUCUGGACACAGGGGAAAUGAGCUCUGGAGACGAGUCUGCAGUACUGUGGCUGGACCAAAUCCAAGAGGCCAUACACACAGCCAAUCAGGAUGAAGAGGAGGCUCUCACAUUGGCUGGAGCAGUGGCUGACAUCAACAGGACCGUGGCCGAGGGGGACGCUCAGAAAACACUGCAGGCUCUGCAGGUUCCCAGUGCCGGACUGAGAGCGGUGCUCCCUGAAUGUGCCGAGACAUACCAGGCAGAACUGGCGGAAAGACAAACAAACGGUGAUGAUGAAGGCAGCACUGAGAGUGUGUGGGUUAAACAUUGCAUCAACGACAGAUAUGACUACUACUACAACCUGGAGACUGGACAGGGCACCUGGGAGGAGCCUGAAGGGUUUCUACACCAUGGUGGCCAGCUCGGUAAAGAGGAAAUCCAGGGUGUUGUCAGCUCUUUGACUGCAGAAUAUAACAGGGAACAGUUAUGGAUGGCCAAUGAAUCCAUGGUGACCCAGCUGCAGGCGAGGGUCAGAGGUUACCUGGUCAGGAGAAAGCACGCCCGGAGAAUGGAGUAUCUACGGCAGCAAGAGCCACACGUCGUCAAGUUGCAGGCCUGCUGGAAAGGUCACAAACAGAGGAAAAUGUACAAAGACAGGAUGGAUUUGCUCCAGGAAAAUGUCUCUUCGAUUGUCAAGAUCCAAUCUGUUGUGAAAAUGUGGAAAGCCAAGCGUAAAUACAAUCAGAGGUUGCAGUUCUUCAAAGAUCAUGAAAAAGAGAUUGUGAAAAUCCAGGCUUUUCUAAAGGCCAACAAAGCCAGAGACGACUACAGAACCCUCACUGGGGCCAAGGACCCUCCUCUGUCCGUGGUGCGUAAGUUUGUCCACUUGCUGGAGCAGAGCGCCCUGGACCUUCAGGAAGAGCAGGAAGUAACGCGGCUCAGAGAAGAGGUGGUCACCAAUAUUCGCUCCAAUCAGCAAAUGGAGAAAGACUUGAACUUGAUGGACAUAAAGAUUGGAUUGCUGGUGAAGAACAGGAUCACUCUGCAGGAUGUUGUGUCCCAUAAUAAGAAAAUGAAGAAUAAGAAAAAUAAAGCGAGUAAGGACGACUUGACUACAGGAGACCGACAAGGUAUCAAGGGACUAAACAAAGGCAAAAGAAGGAAACUGGAGGCCUACCAACAUCUCUUUUACCUGCUGCAGACCAAUCCACACUACCUGGCCAAGCUGAUCUUUCAGAUGCCCCAAAACAAGUCGACCAAGUUUAUGGACACGGUGGUCUUCACCUUGUACAACUACGCCUCCAACCAGAGAGAAGAAUACCUGCUGCUCAAACUCUUCAAGACGGCUCUGGAGGAAGAAAUCAAUUCUAAGGUGGACCAGAUCCAGGACAUAGUGACGGGGAACCCGACAGUCAUCAAGAUGGUAGUGAGCUUCAACAGAGGCGCACGCGGCCACAAUACACUGAGGCAGCUGCUGGCUCCUGUGGUCAAAGACAUCAUUGACGACAAGAGUUUAGGCAUCAACACCAACCCAGUGGACGUGUACAAAGCCUGGGUCAACCAGCUGGAGACGGCCACCGGAGAGGCCAGCAAGCUCCCCUAUGAAGUGACUCCCGAGCAGGCCAUGUCCCAUGAGGAGGUCCGCAGCAGGCUGGAGGCCUCCAGUCUGGCGCUACGCACGGCUACAGAUAAGGUCUUGAACUCCAUUGUGUCUUCACUGGAUAAUAUCCCUUAUGGCAUGAGAUACAUAGCAAAAGUUCUGAAGAACAGCCUCCAUGAAAAGUUUCCCGAUGCCUCAGAGGAUGAGCUGCUGAAGAUUAUAGGGAACCUGCUGUACUACCGCUACAUGAACCCAGCCAUCGUGGCCCCCGACGGCUUCGACAUCAUCGACAUGUCAGCAGGAGGGCAGCUUCAUGUGGACCAGCGGCGCAACCUGGGAUCUGUGGCCAAGAUGCUGCAGCACUCUGCCGCUAAUAAGCUGUUUGAGGGAGAGAAUGCACAUAUGACCCCAAUGAACAACUACAUAUCUCAGACAUAUGAGAAGUUUAGGGUGUUCUUCCAGUCAGCAUGUGAUGUCCCUGAACCUGAGGAGAAGUUUAAUAUUGAUGAAUACUCCGACAUGGUGACUCUAAGCAAGCCUAUCAUCUACAUCUCAAUAGAUGAGAUCAUCAACACACACUCGCUGCUUUUGGAACAUCUGGAGGCCAUCUCUCCGGACCACAAUGACUUGCUGCAUGAGCUGCUGCACGACCUGGGAGACGUCCCUGAUGUGGAGACAUUGCUCGGUGAGGGAGCUGUAGACCCGAAUGACGUGAACAGAGAGAGCGCUCUGAGCCAGAUGGCCAAGACGGAGAUCUCGCUCGCUCUAACCAGCAAGUUUGAGCUACUGGAAGGAGACGAUAGAGACUUGAAGACGCUGAUGACAAAGACCAAAAAGCUUGUAGUGGAUGUGAUUCGGAUUCAGCAUGGAGAGAACUUGUCUCAAAUUCUUGAGACCCCGUCUUCUGCACCUCAGGAGUCGGAGCACACUAAGAUCGUAGAGCGCAGAGCGGUCCAGGACGCUCAGACUCCAGAGGGUCUGAAGAGCAGCCCGGCGCUCCUGGAGGACAGCCAGCUGCCCCUGGAGCAGAAGAAGAGGAAGAUCCUGAGAAACCUCAGGAGCCUGGAGCAGGCGGGCCUUCUCACUGACAGCAACAAGUACCAGGACCUCGUCAACGAGAUCUCCAAGGACAUUCGCUACCAAAGACGCUACAGACAGAGGAGGAAGGCGGAGCUGGUGAAGCUCCAGCAGACUCUGACAGCUCUCAACUCCAAAACAGCCUUCUACCAGGACCAGAUGAACUAUUAUGAUACUUACAUCAAGACCUGCCUGGACAACCUCAACAGAAAGAAUGCACGCCGAUCUAUAAAGCUGGACAGCAAAGGAGAAAAUAAGGGCAGCAAGAAGUGGAAGCCCCAGUCUCUGAAGUACACUGGAGCAAGGCUUCAUGAGAAGGGAGUCAUCCUGGAGAUAGAAGGACUUCAGACCAACCAGUUCAAAAAUGUCAUGUUUGACAUUUCACCCACUGAGGAAGUUGGAGAUUUUCAAGUGAAGGCCAAAUUUAUGGGAGUUGAGAUGGAAAAAGUCCAGCUUCAUUUCCAGGACCUCCUUCAGCUGCAGUACGAAGGCGUGGCCGUCAUGAAGAUGUUCGACAAAGCCAAAGUCAACGUCAAUUUACUCAUCUUCCUCCUAAAUAAAAAAUUCUAUGGAAAAUGACAAAGUGAAGGGAGGAAAAGCAACAAAGAGGAAACAGAUUGUGCCUUCUGAUUGUGCUGAGCUUGUGGAACAAAAUGAAUUUAGCCAGAUAACACGAGAUGGGGCAGGACAGUGUUUUGUAUUGUACCCUCCUCUUAUAAUUUUAAGGAUCACACCAAAAUCUAAUGCUGUUGUCCAACUUAAUGUAUCAGCUCUGUAUUUUUUCAUGUGGUAAUUGUAAAUGUAAUGUAUUUUUAAGAUUUAAAUUGUAAUGAUAUUCAUGUUUUGUAUGUAAAAACUGUCCCAUGUAUGUUGAAACAACUGUGGAUUAGUUCAGAAAUCCAGCUGGGGAGCAGAUUUUCAGCCGGCCUGUAUCAUUCUAUAAAAUACUGUAGUUUACCACAGUGCCUUUUAAUUAAAGUGUGUAAAGAAACAUGUUUUAAUAAAUAAAACAUCAAAAAUAUUUAAAAGCUACAACGGAUGAAUUUGUACUAUGUGUUAUCAAGAAGUGAUUGCUAAGGUUUAAUUAUUUAAAUGUGCAGAAUAAAUAACAUGUUUUUUUAUCAACUACUUUGACUAGUUUUAGUUUAAUCUGCUAACCUCCCACUGGGACACAUUACUUCUCUGCAGAGAGGGAGAGACGGAGUAUUUACCACAAUAACAUGUUUGAUGCUGAAGAAUAACACACUGAUCCUGUGGUUACAAGGACUUUUGUUGCACAUUUUUACUUUUUUUUUUUUAAAUCGACAGUUUUAAUAAACGAUUUCUAUUUAUAGUUUAUAAAACAA